AUGGCUGGUUGUCUGCAAAUUUCCAGACCUCAUAGAGCAGUGGCACUUCUGAGGGGCCACCUUAUUACGUUUGCUUUGGUUUUCUGCUUUGCCUCCGUGGACGCAGAGCCCUUUAACCCAGCUUUCCUCUAUAAACACAGGUCUGGACCUAAUGAAGACAACAUCAUCAUCGCUAACAAUGGGAUCAGGGUUCCCUUUGGGAGGUCUGUGCAUCUGGACCCUGUCAGUGACUUGGUAACGGAGGUGCAACCUGGCGACCGCUGUCACAUCACAGUUCUGGACAAUGACCCACUGGCCCAGAAACCUGGAAUACUUACUCCUAAAAAGUUCCCCUGUGCAUUUGGAGCGGAUGAAGUGAAGUACACUCAUUUUGGUUCUCGGAGUCCCAGCAAGGAUCGCGUGAAACUGCAGCUGCGUUAUGACUCGCAGACAGACACAGUUAUCAUCCCCUUCAUGCUAGAGGUGGAGGUGGUUUUUCAGCAGCUGGAGAUCCUCACCAGGAAUAUGCCCCUCACGGUAGAGAAGCUCAAUGGCAACAGCAACCCUAUUGACAAGAAGGGUCUGGAGUUUUCCUAUGAGGAUGGAGUAACACAGUGUAAGAUAACCACUCUGGUCGGUGCUGGAGGUCUCCCCAGGUAUGGUACACUUUUGAAUAACUCUACAAAUGGCCAGAUGAUUGACUGUGAUGAGUUUGUUAAACAAGGAAUUCGCUACAAGCACACCGCUAAAACCAACUCACCAAACAGAGACUAUAUCCCGAUGAUGGUGGAGCUGCAAGAUAAUAAUGGAAAUGUCAUAAUGCAAGAGCAUUUCCAGAUGAUGGUUAGAAUUAAAGAGGGUGCAGAGAAUACUGCUCCUAAGCCCAGUUUCGUUGCCAUGAUGAUGAUGGAGGUUGAUCAGUUUGUGAUGACAGCUGUUACAAGUGAUAUGCUGGCUGCAGAGGAUGUCGAGUCUGAUCCAGACGAUUUAAUCUUCAACAUUACUUCACCUCUGGGCCAUCAGCAAGGCCAUAUCAUCAGUACAGAUGAUCGAAACCUGCCCAUCACUUCAUUCUAUCAGAGAGACAUUAAAGACCUUAAAAUAGCUUAUAAGCCCCCCUCAGAGGACUCAGAUGUAGAGAGAAUUUUCCAGCUUGAGUUUGAAAUUGUAGACACUGAUGGCGCAGUGUCUGAUACGUUUGCUUUCAUGAUUGUGGUGAAGGCUAUGAAUACCUUGGCUCCUGUAGCAACUAAAAAUACAGGGCAGCUAUUGUUUGAAGGGCAAUCCCGAGCGCUGUCCAGCUCCCAGAAUUUAGAGAUUAGUGAUGAAGAUAACCUGGAGGAUGUGAAAAUUACUGUUGUCGAUGGCUUAAAACAUGGAGAACUGACUGUGCUUGGUGCUCGUAGGAAAUUCUUUACACCUGCUGAUUUAGAUGUCGGUAUUGUGGUGUACCAACAUGAUGGCAGUGACACCUACAGUGACAACAUUAUUUUCAGAAUGACCGAUGGCAAAAAUGAGGUAGAGUUUUUGUUUCCCAUCACUAUUGCCCCCACUGAUGAUGAGCCUCCUAUCAUUAAUGCCAACACUGGCCUGGUGCUGUUCAAGAAUGAAGUAAUGCAGAUCUCUCCCUUCAUUUUGAGUGCUACAGAUAUUGAUUCAGAGGACUCCACAAUAAAGUUUAUCCUUGAAGCCCCUUACUCUACGGUAGGAGAGUUUCUUCUCAGGCAAGUGGAGCCUCCCUCGGACCCCUCUCUCUGGAAGUUUAGUGCGACAGAUGAGAUGUUUGAGCAGGUGGUGACUGAGUGGUUUCAGCAAGAUAUACUUGAUGGAAAGCUCUUCUAUCGUCACUUUGGACUCCACAGCACCACCACUGUAAUUGAUCAAUUUAUAUUCCGGGUCUUAGAUGACAAUGAUCCUCCUAACCAAUCAGGUGAGCACAUAUUUACCAUCAAAAUCCACCCUGUAGAUGACCUACCCCCAGAGCUUUAUCCAGGCACUACACUUCACAUGACAGUCCAAGAAUAUGAGCUGACACACUUCAAGAAGAGUUUCUUGCGCUACACCGAUUUGGAUUCAGAUGAUAGGGACCUGAAGUACAUCAUUACCAAGGUCCCUACUGACACGGAUGAGAACAACCCAGCAGCACUGGGAGAAAUUGUCCUUACUGACAGCCCUGACACAGCAAUUACUGAGUUCACUCAGGCCCAGGUCAAUCACCAUAAAGUGGCCUACAGGCCUCCAGACCAGGAACUGGGCAUCACUCCAAAAGUUGUUCAGUUCACAUAUAUUGUGGAAGACACUGCUGGUAACUCAGUAGAUGGACUAUUCACCAUUUUCUUACAGCCAGUAGAUAACAAACCCCCAGUUAUCACCAACACUGGCUUUACUGUUCUUGAAAGAAGUAUGUUUAUCAUCACCACAAAAGAGCUGCAUGCCACAGACUAUGAUACAGAUGAGGAAAAUAUCCUAUUUACUGUGACCCAGAUUCCCCGCUUUGGGCAGCUGCAAUAUUUAGGUAUUGACAUGUUAAACGGCGAAACAUUUGUGCUAGAAGACAUAGCAAAUGCCCGCUUAGCUUACAUCCAUAGUGGAGAGGAAUCCCUCAGCGAUGUCAUCAAGCUUGAUGUCAGUGAUGGUUUCCAUGAGGUACCUAUCAUUAUCAAGGUAACCAUUGAGCCUGUUGAUGAUGAGUCUCCCACUAUUAUGCUUCCGGCCGGUCUGCUUGGAGCCUCCAUUGACGUCCUGGAGAAUGGAGCAACAGAAAUUACAAGCAAUGUCAUUCAGGGCCGGGAUGAAGACACAGAUGACCUCAUGCUCACUUUCAUUGUGGAGGAGCCUCCUAGGUUAGGUGAGAUCCUGGUCAAGGGUGCCCCUGCUGAGAGAUUCACUCAAGAGGACAUUAUCAAUGGGGUGGUGGUGUAUGCUCAUACAUCUGGUGAAAUUGGGCCACUCAAAGUUCAUGACUCCUUUAACCUCACCCUAUCUGAUUUGUCAGAGCAAUGGGUCGUUGGAGGCAAUAAGGUCCAAGGCGUAAGAGUUGACGUCCUCAUCCUCCCUGUUGACAGUAUUCCACCUAUUGUCAGUGUCGGAGAGCAGUUUGUAGUCGUGGAGGGGGAAAAGAAUGUCAUUACACUGGAGCACAUUGAGGCAGAGGAUAUUGACACAGACAAUGACGAUAUCCUGUGUACCAUCAUUGUCCAACCAACAUCAGGCUAUAUGGAAAAUAUCUCCCCUGCCCCAGGCUCUGAGAAGUCCAGGGCAGGCACAGCUAUAACUGCCUUUAGCAUCAAAGAUAUUGGACUUGGUCAUAUAUACUAUGUCCAGAGCAUCCACAAAGGGGUGGAACCUGUGGAGGACCGGUUUACUUUCCGCUGUUCAGACGGUAUUAACUUCUCUGAACGCCAAUUCUUCCCCAUAGUCAUCAUCCCAGCCAACGAUGAAAAGCCUGAGAUUUUCAUUCGUGAGUUUGUGGUCAUGGAAGGCAUGAGUUUGGUUAUUGAUACACCACUCCUGAAUGCAGCAGACUCUGAUAUUCCUGUGGAUGAACUGGACUUCGAGAUCAUCAAAAAUCCCAAACAUGGCACCAUCGUUCAGCAGCUCAGCACUGGCACCAUCCCUGUGUAUAGGUUCAAUUUGGAACAGAUCAAAGAAGCAUCCAACAUUGUCUAUGAGCAUGAUGACUCAGAAACCAAAGAGGACAGCUUUGAAAUUAGGCUCACUGAUGGGAAACAUACGGUGGAGAAAAAAGUUCUUAUAAUGGUAAUUCCUGUUGACGAUGAGACACCAAGAAUGGCUAUAAACGAUGGACUUGAAGUAGAGAUUGGGGAGACCAAAAUAAUUAGUAACAGGGUUUUGAAGGCCACAGACCUUGACUCUGAGGACAAAGAAUUAACAUAUGUUGUGCGUCAUGGCCCAAGCCAAGGCUAUCUUCAGCGUAUUACAAAGUCUGGAGAUGUCAUAGGUAAUAUCACCCUUGGUAUGAAUUUCACGCAGGAUCAAAUUGACAAACAUCUCAUUCAGUAUGUGCACACAGGCCAGGAGGGAAUUCGUGACCUGCUAAAAUUUGACGUCACAGAUGGCAUCAAUCCCCUCAUUGACCGUUACUUCUAUAUCAACAUUGGAAGUAUUGACAUGGUCUUCCCAGAUAUAAUUAACAAAGGUGUGACUCUGAAAGAGGGUGGAAAAGUAACUCUUACCACGGACCUCCUCAGCACCACUGAUAUUAACAGUCCUGAUGAAUACCUGAGUUUCAGCAUCACACGAGCCCCAAGCAGAGGUCAUCUUGAGAGCACUGACCACCCAGGUGUUCCCAUCUCCACCUUUACCCAACUGCAGCUUGCUGGCAACAAGAUUUACUAUAUCCACACCUCUGAUGAUGAGAUGAAGAUGGACAGCUUUGAGUUUGAGGUCACAGAUGGUUACAACCCUGUCUUCCGUACCUUUAGAGUGUCCAUCACGGACGUGGAUAACAAGAAACCCGUCUUAACCAUCAACAAGCUAGUUGUUGGAGAGGGAGAAACUAAGCUCAUCACACCGUUUGAGUUGACAGUUGAAGAUCGGGACACUCCAGACAACCUGCUGCGUUUCAUCGUCACCCAGGUGCCAGUGCACGGGCAGCUGCUCUUCAACAACACCCAACCAAUUACUACCUUUACCAAGCAAGACCUCAAUGAAAACCUCAUCACAUAUAAGCAUGAUAGCACUGAAACAAAUGAAGACAGCUUCUCCUUCACUGUCACAGAUGGCACACACACAGAUUUUUACGUCUUUCCUGACACUGUAUACGAGACACGCAAGCCCCAGAUGAUGAUCAUUCGCAUCAACACCGUGGACAACGGUGUCCCCCAGAUUGUGGUCAAUAAAGCAGCUGCCUCACUAAGGAUCCUCCAAACAGGCCACCUGGGCUUCCUGAUCACCAGCAAGGCCCUUAGGUCCGAGGACAGAGACAGCCCCCGAAAGGUCCUGAAGUACACUGUGUCUGAGGCUCCUCUGCAUGGCUUCAUCAUGAACACUGCGGUGGGAAAUGAUAGCACAACCACCUUCACUCAAGCUGAUAUCGACGACAUGAAGAUCUGUUACGUGUUGUUGGAUGGGAGCAACGCCACAAGCGAUAUCUUCUACUUCACCGUUGAGGACAAUGGUGGAAACAAACUAAAGCCCCAGCCUUUCCGUCUUAACUGGGCCUGGAUCUCCCUGGAGAAGGAGUAUUACUUAGUUGACGAGGACGCCAAGUUCCUCGAGGUGACACUCAAACGCAGAGGCUACCUGGGGGAAACCUCAUUCAUCAGCAUUGGCACCAAGGAUGGCACAGCAGAGAAGGACAAAGACUUCCGUGGCAAGGCCCAGAAGCAGGUCCAGUUCAACCCCGGGCAAACCACAGCAACCUGGAAGGUGAAGAUCUUCACAGACCAGGAGUUUGAGACAUCUGAAACCUUUGAGAUACAGCUGUCAGAUCCCGUCAUGGCUGUGCUGGAGUAUCCCGAAGCUGCAACAGUCGAAAUUGUGGACCCUGGUGAUGAGUCGACAGUGUUCAUCCCUCAGGCUGAGUACAAGAUUGAGGAGGAUAUCGGAGAGUUACUGGUCCCAGUCCGUCGGUCUGGAGAUGCCAGCCAGGAGCUCAUGGUUGUCUGCUACACUCAGCAAGCCACAGCCACCGGCACCAUACCCAGUACCGUGCUGUCCUACUCUGAUUACAUCACACGACCCGAGGACCACACCAGCCUGCUGCGCUUUGACAAGGACGAGCGUGAGAAGCCCUGUCGCAUCAUCAUCAUAGACGACUCUCUGUACGAGGGGGAGGAGAGCUUCAACGUCAGCCUCAGCAUGCCUAUGGGGGGACAGGUGGGCGUCAGCUUCCCAAGUGCCAAGGUCACCAUCCUGGAAGACAGCGACGACGAGCCGUCCCUGUACUUUGGGGAGCCGGAGUACACGGUGGAUGAGAGUUCAGGCUAUGUUGAGGUGACGGUCUGGAGGACAGGGACUGACCUUUCUAAGACUGCUACUGUCACUGUCCGCUCCAGGAAGAGUGACCCUGUCUCUGCUGAAGCUGGCCUAGACUAUGUUGGCAUCAGUCGAAACCUGGACUUUGCCCCCGGAGUGACCAUGCAGACAUUCAGGGUGACCAUUCUGGAUGACCUGGGCCAGCCGGAGCUGGAGGGGCCCGAGACGUUUGACCUGGUGCUGCGGAUGCAAAUGAAUGCUGUGUUGGGGGAACCCAGCAAGACGACUAUCACGAUCAAUGACACAACCACCGAUGUGCCCAAGGUGCAGUUUAAGGAAGGCAGCUACAAGGUGGAUGAGAGUGAUGGGGAAGUAAAGGCCAUAGUGUACCGUAAUGGAGAUAUAAACCUCAAGUCGACGGUGCGCUGCUACACCCGCCAGGGUUCUGCUCAGGUUAUGAUGGAUUAUGAUGAGAGGCCCAACACUGACGCGUCAGUCAUCACUUUCCUACCAGGCGAGAGUGAGAAACCUUGCAUAGUAAAACUGGUGGAUGACUCCAUCUAUGAGGAGGCCGAGGAGUUCCGCCUGGUCCUGGGAAAUCCCAAGAGCAAGUCCCCCUAUGGAGCCUCCAUUGGGGAGCAGAAGGAAGCGCUGGUCACCAUUACGGAUGAGAAAGACAAGUCGAUCAUCCGUUUCUCUGAGAUCAAGUACAGCGUGCGGGAGCCCCAGGUCAAAGGGGAUGUGGCGACCGUGAGGAUUCCCAUCCUGCGUGUGGGCGACACCUCCAAGGUCUCCGUGGUCAGAGUGCACACGAAGGAUGGCUCUGCCACGUCAGGGGAGGACUACAACCCGCUGUCAGAGGAUGUGGAGUUCAAGGAGGGCGAGAAAGAACACUUUGUCGAGGUCGAGAUCCUAUAUGAUGGUCAGAGAGAGAUGAGAGAGGCCUUCACCGUGCACUUGAAGCCGGACGAGUACAUGGUAGCCGAAAUCCAGAUGAAUAAAGCCAUCGUAUACAUUGAGGAGAUGGACAGUGUCGCCGAUGUCACCUUCCCUGCCGUGCCCCAGGUGGUCUCGCUUCUCAUGUAUGAUGACACGGGGCGUACCAAAGAUAAACCCCACCCACCCAAUGGUUAUCCUGUUGUUUGCGUAACGGCCUGCAAUCCGAAGUACCAUGAUUUUGACAAAACGGGGUCGAUCUGCACGGCGGAAAACAUCAACGACACGCUGACUCAGUACCGCUGGCUGGUCAGUGCCCCCACUGGAUCAGAUGGAGUGACCAGCCCCAUGAAGGAGGUGGACACCAACACUUUCUUCACCAACACCAAGUCCAUCACCCUGGACGCCAUCUACUUCCAGGCCGGCUCUAGGAUCCAGUGUGCCGCUAGGGCCUUCAACACUAAUGGCGAUGCGGGCCUAGAGCUGUCCAGCCCUAUUGUGGUGAUGAGCAAGGAAGAAGGUAUGUGCCAGCCUCGUAUUGCUGGUACCGUGGGAGCUGAGCCCUUCUCCGCUAAGAUCCGCUACACGGGCCCAGAUGACCCUGACUUUCCCAACCUCAUCAAACUGACGGUCAACAUGCCUCACAUGGACGGCAUGUUACCGGUGAUUUCCACGAGGCCUCUGUCUAACUUCGAGCUCACGCUGAGUCCUGAUGGCACCCGCGUGGGCAAUCACCGCUGCUCCAACUUGCUGGACUUCAACGAGAUCCAGACUGGCCACGGCUUCAUCACCGAUGCUACCAAGAACCCGGAGAUCAUUGGCGAGACAUCUCCCUAUCAGUACAGCGUCGCCUUGCGCUCGGCCAACUCCCUGCGCUUCUACAGGAACCUGAACUUGGAGGCCUGUCUCUGGGAGUUCACCAGCUACUACGACAUGUCUGAGCUAUUGAACAACUGCGGAGGCUCCAUAGGCACAGACGGACAGGUGCUGAACCUGGUCCAGUCCUACGUCACCCUUCGAGUGCCUCUGUUUGUGUCUUACGUCUUCCACUCUCCUGUGGCUGUGGGAGGUUGGCAGCACUUUGACCUGCAGUCAGAGCUCAAACUCACCUUCGUGUAUGAUACAGCUAUUCUGUGGCAGGAUGGCGUUGGUAGCCCACCUGAGGCCGAGCUGCAAGGAGCCAUGUACCCUACCAGCAUGAGGAUCAAUGAGGAGGGCCGCUUGGUGGUCAACUUCAAAACUGAGGCUCGCUUCAGGGGACAGUUUGUUAUGUCACAUCCAGGAACCAGCCUGUCAUCCAUGGUGAUGUGUGCGGACCACCCUGGGCUGACAUUUACUCUUGCCCUCGUCAGGACUGAGCCAACCUACAACCAGCCAAUGCAGCAGUGGAGCUUUGUCUCAGACUUUGCUGUGCGUGACUACUCUGGAACGUACACAGUGAAGUUAAUCCCCUGCAGCGCGUCUCCCAAUGGAGAGUUUAGUAUCCCUCCUGUCUGCCACCCCAGAGAGCCACUUACCUUUGACAUGGACAUACGUUUCCAACAGGUGAGCGACCCAGUGGCGGCAGAGUUCAGCCUCAACACUCAGAUGUUCCUGCUGUCGAAGAGGGAGCUGUGGCUGUCUGAUGGCUCCAUGGGCUUCGGCGAGGGCACCGACGCUGCUUUCUCAGAAGGGUCCUCAAUCUAUGGUCGUGUGAUGGUAGACCCAGUCCAGAACCUUGGCGAUUCCUUCUCCUGCAGCAUUGAGAAGGUUUUCCUCUGCACUGGAAGAGACGGAUAUGUCCCAAAAUACAAUCCCACCGACAAGGAGUAUGGCUGCCUGGCUGAUGCUCCCUCACUGCUCUACAGAUUCAAGAUCCUAGACAAAGCUCAGCCAGAGACCCAGGCCACAGCAUUUGGGGAUGUUUCCUUUGCAGCCACUUUAGCCCAAGACACCCCUGAAGCUCUGCCUCUGAUCAGACAGCCUGGAUCAGAUGGCUUCACCCUCUCCUCAUCACCACUCUUUCAGGUGGCUGCUGGCCGGGAGUGGUUCAUUCAUACCAUCUACACAGUCCGUUCCCGAGAAAAUGCCAAGCGCAAUAUCGGAAAGCGCAGCGUGGAGUACUUGCAUCACAGCCUGUCCUACGUUGACCAGCCUCAAACCCAACACGACGCCUCCAAAUCGGCCACCCGUCACAGACGCGCAGCCCCAGUUCCCUCUGGCGCAGACCUGGCCAAGGACAUUGGUGUCGAUAACAACCGCGGCACAAACAUCCAACAUAUUGCUCUGGACCGAUCAGACCGCAUGGUGGUCAGCCAGCGCCAGCCCUGGUCCCCCAGCCGUGACCUUGAGCCCCUCCGGGAGCGCCCCCUGUUGGAGAGAUCUGACAAAGAGCCCGCUGACACCUCCACCCUGGCUAUGUUGGUCGGCCUGGCAGGCCUGAUCCUCUUCAUCUGCCUCAUUGCUACCAUUGUCAUACUGCUGGUGCGACGUAAGAGGCAGGCAAAGAAGAACCAGUUCCCUCCCUACGCCACCUCAUCAUCUACCGCCUACAGUGGCUAUAGCCAAGGGCCACUGAGCAUGUGGAACAGCUCAGACAGCUCUGAGGUCUAG